AUGGCGCCAGAAGAUAAGGAGAAAACAGCCUUCUUCUUUGGCCAGGGACUGUGGCAUUUCAACAUCAUGCCGUUUGGGUUGUUCGGUAGGCAGGGAGUAAAGACCGACCCACUCAAGAUCACAGCAGUGGAGGGCUGGCCAGUACCCAAGACUGUCUCAGAGCUGUGGAGUUUCCUGGGCCUGCAUACGUACUACAGAUGCUUAUUGCCAAGAUUUGCCACCAUCACCGCCCCUCUACACAGCCUGACCAGGAAAGGAGCGCAGUACACCAGGAAAGGAGUGCAGUACGCGUGGAACAAACAUAGUUGCCAACUCUCAGCUACUACUUGUCACUAG